AUGCUGGGUUGUACAAAAACAUCACCUACUUUGUCAGAUAAGACAACUGCUGCUAACAAAGCAAUGCAGCAUCACCGAGUGUUGGAAGGAUGUGGUUAUAAACUUCUUAGGAAGAUUGGAGAAGGAGCUUACAGCACAGUCCAUGAAGCAUACGCUGAGCGAUGGCAGUGUAAUGUGGCUGUGAAAAUAAUUUCCAAGAAGCAAGUCUCUCAGAAUUACUUGAGAAAAUUUCUACCCAGGGAACUCCAGGUUAUGAAAACCCUGAGACAUAAGAACAUUAUUAAGUUAUAUCAAAGCAUCGAGACAUCAAGCUACAUAUAUUUAGUAGAAGAACUUGCAACUAAAGGAGAUGCAGCUGACUGGAUUUUUAAUCAUGGUCCUUGUCCAGAGGCUCUCGCUAAAAAGUGGUUCACUCAGAUGAGUGAAGCGGUGGCUUAUAUGCACAAGCACGGAAUUGCACACAGAGAUCUGAAGUUAGAAAAUCUGCUAAUCGACAAAGAAGGAAAUUUAAAAGUUGCUGAUUUUGGGUUUGCCACAUCAGUUGAACCUCAGAAUCUUACUAGCACAUGCUGUGGAACGCUUGCAUAUCAGCCACCAGAACUUUUGCGAGGAGAGGAUUAUAGCCCCUUUCUUUUUGAUGUGUGGAGCAUGGGAGUUAUCCUAUAUCAUUUCAUAACCGGAAAACUGCCAUUUCCAGACCAAGAUGUGGUGAAGCUUUAUAAGAAAAUGCAUAAGAAACUCAAGUUUCCAUCUGGAAAGACUAUUACACACGACUGCAAGCUCAGCAAUAUACACAUAUUACAUGUUCGUAGAAUUAAACUUACUUUGGCACCAGCAGCUACAUAUUCAAGCAGUACCAUUUCUGGAAUUUAUGAAACACUUUUCUAUACUCCAUCAUAUUCUGUCAUGUCAUUUCUCUUAUUUUUCCAUGACAAGGACAAUUCCAUUUCGAUUGCAGUACCUUACAUUUUGAAGACACUAGCAUUUGAAUAA